ACCUUUUGCUCAUCACAUAAUUUGUAUUUUUUGCUAUUAAAAUACUCUUUUUUUGUAAAUGAUUGUUUCUUUUAGUAUUAUCUUAUCAUCUUACCAUGUUUUCUGACGAUUUUGCUAGUGACAAUUUUGAUAAGUACAGUGGAUUUGUCAAAUUCAGUGAACUGAUCGAAAAUGAACCAAAAGAAGAACCUUGUGAUGUCAAACCUAGAAAAUCAAAUAAGCAAAAGAUAAUGAUUCGUGUGAUGACUCAAGAUGCUCCCCAUAACAAUCCUCUUGCAUUGAUUAAUGAGUUGAGGCCGGAUUUGAUCUGGGAAUUUGGUGGAUCAGAGACAAAAGGAAAAGUAGUCGUUUCAUUUCGUAUGGAACUCUUGGUUGGUGAUAAACGUUAUACCGGUCUGGGAAAGACUAAAAAAUUAGCCAAAUAUGCAGCUGCUCGUGAAGCUUUACGUGAACUUUUUGGAAUAAAUUGUGCUAACUCAAACCCAGAACCAAACAAUGUUGUUAUAGAAACAAAUGACAAUCUUAUGCUUGACCAAAAAAUUGCCGACAUGCUUGGUUUUGAAGUAUUAAACAUGGCACAAUUAAUUUUUGAACAUCUUGGUGAUAUCAAAAAGUGGAAUGUUCUCUCAUCUAUUAUCCUCACAAGUGAAUAUGAUCCAAAUUGGUUUGAUAUUAUAUGUAUAACUACCGGUACCAAAUGUAUUAAAGGUGAUCGUCUAAGUAUGACAGGAACAACUAUUCAUGAUUCUCAUGCCGAAAUUUUAUCUAGAAGAUGUUUCAUCGCAUUUCUAUAUCAACAGAUACAAGUGAUAAUUGAUAAUAACUAUCAAGAUCGAGCUGAAUUUAUUUUAAAAGUUCGAGACGAUGGUUAUGGAUUUUGUUUAAAACCAGGAAUCAAAAUUAACUUAUUUAUAUCGACAGCUCCAUGUGGAGACGCGAGAGUUUUCAUGCCAAACGACUCCAGUGAUGAUGAUCCUCAUGCAAAUCGUGUGUCUCGAGGUUUACUAAGGGCCAAAAUAGAAGCUGGAGAGGGAACUAUUCCAGUCAGGAGAGGCUGCUCUACAUUAACCUGGGAUGGUGUACUGCUUGGUGAACAAAGACUCCAAUUUAUGUCUUGUUCUGAUAAAAUUGCCGUUUGGAAUGUUGUUGGAAUUCAAGGAUCUCUUUUAUCUCAUUUCAUCGAACCAAUCUACCUCGACAGUUUAAUUCUUGGAUCUCUUUUUAACUUUUCACAUCUUACUCGAGCGGUACAUGGUCGUUUGAAUAUGAACUUUGACUCUGAAUCUCUUAAAAAAUUACCUAAUCCUUAUAAAGUGAACCAACAUAAAGUGGCCAAAUCCCUAUCCAAACAACAAGAGUACACACGAACGUUGACAAAAUCUCCUAAUUACGCAAUUAAUUGGAUCAAAGGUGAUACUUUUCCAGAAAUUAUAUCCUGUGAUACUGGUAAAAUAUACCAAAAUGAGGAACAAUAUUCAAGAUUAUCCAAGAAGACAUUUUUCCAAUCUUUCCGAACACUUUUAGGACGUAAUACUCCAAAGCUUUGUACAUCACCUUUAGGCUUAGCAAUUCCAACAAUUUAUCGGGAUGCUAAAACCUCAGCUACCAACUAUCUUCAAGCUCGUCUUUUAGCUGUUCAAUCAUUCGCCGAGCAAAAUCUUGGCGAUUGGAUUCAAGUUCCUGCUGAAGUCGAUCUGUUUGGCUUUUGAUCUCAUCAAUAGGACCAUUGAAUCUUUCAAAAUGACUUUAUAUCAGUAAUCACACUUGAUUACAAUUUUUUUAACAAAAAGCUAAUUCACACUUUGACUAAUUUUGUUACGUAUCAUUAUGCUUCCCGUUUUCACCAGAAUCAAUUUGUGUCUUGAAAACUGAAUCGCAAAAUAAUGAAAUAUUAAUAUUAAAUGAUAGCUUAAAUCAUACAAA